AUGGCGACCAACGGCGGUGAAUUCGUCUUUUACCACUACACCCCGUCCGUCGCGGCGGCCGCCAUCUUCACCGUCCUCUUCCUAGGUUCGGGCGCGUGGCACGUGAAGCAGCUCGUUUCCGCACGUGUCUGGUACUUUAUCCCCUUCGUCAUCGGGUGUGUCUUCGAGGGUAUCGGAUACAUAGGACGCAUAUUAUCAUGGGCGGAACGACCCGAUUACACGAAAAACCCCUACAUCAUCCAGUCCAUGAUGCUUCUCCUCCCGCCCGCCCUCUUUGCCGCUUCCAUCUACAUGAUCCUCGGCCGCUUGAUCGUGCGCCUCGAAGCCGACGCCCUGUCCAUUAUCCGCCCUCGCUGGCUGACCAAAUUCUUCAUCUUUGGUGACGUCUUGUCGUUUUGUGCUCAAGGAGGAGGUGGUGGCAUGCUCGCAACAGCCAAAAGCAAGGACGACUCCGCCGCGGCGAGCAAAUCAUCCUCGGCGGCCUCGGCAUCCAGAUCCUCUUCUUCGGCUUCUUCAUCGUCGUCUCCUGCAUCUUCCACCUCCGCAUCCGCCGCCGCCCCACCCCCGCUCCCGCACCCUCUCCACCCCUGGCGCGGCCUCCUCUACGCCCUCUACGCCUCCAGCAUCCUCAUCAUGAUCCGUUCCGUGUUUCGCAUCAUCGAGUACGUCAUGGGCUCCGACGGCGAGCUGCUCUCCAAGGAAGUCUACCUCUACGUCUUCGACGCCGUGCCCAUGCUGGCCGUGUGCAUCAUGUUCAACUGGUUCCACCCCAGCCGCGUCAUUAGCUCGCAUGCUGCCGACAAGGAGCCCAUCACCUCGGUCACCAGCCUCGAGGUCCUUGGCAUUGACCCCGAGGACCCAGAGUCCGCCAGGCGCAAGUCGAAGCAGUGGAACAGCACGCCUCUGGUCAAUUCCCCACAGAGCCCUCCCCACUCUAGUGGCCACAACCAGAGACAGCAUCAGAAUUACCAGCAAUACAACCAAGAAUACUCUUCCCAGUAUAGGUAG